AAAUAAUGUCUUUGUCUCUUCGGCUCUUCCAUAGACCCGGUAAACUGGGAGAUCCUCUUAUCGCUUUUUCUUAUCGCUUUGUUAUAGAUUCUUACCUGAAAUUCCGAACAACCUCGAAAAGAAAAGGUGAGGAGAAUAUGCGUCUACUCAAGGAAACUUCUGUGAUAUGAUUCAAAGUAGCUGUCAGUGCCCAGAUCAAUCAAGAAAAUAAAAAUCAAACAUUUCCCAGGUUAUGAUUUGUGUAGAAAAUAGCUAGAUGGCUGACAGUAGCAAAGAAGUAGAGCCCUUGUUAGAUAAAUUGCCCUUAAGCAGUCCCACUGUUGGUGAUCCCAGAAGAAGAAAAGGUUUGCUGCGAUGUAAAAGUGCACCUCUGAGAGGAACGCUGGUUCACAAAGAAAAGAAUGACCCCAAAACACUCCUACGAUCUGAGUCCUUUUUUGAUAACAUCCACCCGAACUUCAAGAGAGCGAUCCUGUACUUGCUGAUCUACUUGGUUAUAGGCACCCUUUGUUUCUAUAUGGUCAAGGACCAUAUCAAAGGAGAGAAAACAGACGGAGUCCUCGACUCGGUUUACUUUGUUGUGGUGACAAUGACAACCGUUGGAUAUGGUGACCUUGUACCCAACAGCGACCCUGCAAAGCUGCUAGCUUGCGUUUUCGUCUUCUCUGGAAUGGCUCUGGGAGGACUAUUUCUGAGCAAAGCGGCAGACUUUUUGGUGGAGAAGCAAGAGAGGCUAUUGAUCAAGGCAUUGCAUUUGCGCCACAAGGUCGGCCCGAGUGAGAUCAUGAAGGAAUUUGAAACAAAAAGGGUGAGAUACAAGUGCGUGCUGACAACGUUGUUUCUAGUGCUGCUUGUGAUUGUGGGAACCGUGUUCCUAGUCCGCAUUGAAAAACUGGGCAUCGUCGAUGCCUUGUACUGUGUUUGCUCUACAAUUACGACACUUGGGUACGGGGACAAGAGCUUCUCGACGAAGGGAGGGCGCGUGUUUGCCAUAUUUUGGAUAUUGAUUGGGACCAUCUUUGUGGCUCAGUUCUUUCUGUAUGUCGCGGAAUACAACACCGAAAGCAGGCAGAGGGAACUGGUGAAGAUUGUUCUUUCCCGAAGAAUGACCAAUGUGGAUUUGGAGGAAGCUGAUCUCGAUGAUGAUGGUGCUGUUGGGGUGGCUGAAUUCGUGAUAUACAAACUGAAGGAGAUGGGGAAGAUCACGCAAGCAGACAUUUCGCUUGUCUUGAAGGAAUUCGAAAGUCUUGAUGUUGACCAGUCUGGAACUUUGACUUCCUCAGAUUUGACGCUUGCUCAGUUAUCUUUAACGCCCCACUGAUUCUUGCCCGAUUUCCAGCUCUUCUUUGAUCUCAGCGAGCUGGUACUAGUCCACUUUCACCGGUUAAUAAUUCGACGGUUGUAUAUACAUAAAUAUAUACGGUGUACAGUAUGUGUCAAUGUAUUUGUAUUGGUUGACGUGUUAAAGAAUUAAAUUGAUUUGUGCGUUAACUUUGUUUCUAUUUGCUCUAUACACUCUACCCAUUUUUUUCAUAUGAAUCUAUUUUCUUUCUGAAGUUAGGUGAACAUAUCAUUCAUGUGCUCUGAGUUCAACGAUGUAAUAUGCAGUUCUUAAAAUAAAUUUAUUACUCCGUA